UUAACUACUCUAAAGGAGUUUAGGGAGCGUAGUAAUAGGAAGAAGGCAAAGAAGCAGGUGCGCGCUGAUAGGGCUAAGCUAACUAAAAGGCGCUGUAAACAGUUUAACAAGACUAGACAUAACGCGCAAACAUGCAAGGAUAGAGUAGAAGAGGUCUCUAAGUAA